GUUUUCAUCUCUAAAAUGAACCUCUGGGUUUCUGUUCCCAGAGAGACCUACAUAGAACAAGAACGAGGAGAAAGCGCAAAUGACCGGAAUGACCGGGCCAUUCGGGUUGCAGCAAAGUGGUAUCAGGAACACCUGAGAAAAUCGGAAAGGGAAGAAAAUGUCACGGUCAUCUUGCUCACGAAUGACCGAAAAAAUAAAGAGAAAGCUGUAGAAGAGGGAAUAACUACGUAUACCUGCGAAGAGUACAUAAAGAGCCUAACAGACAACCCCGAGCUUGUGGACCGGCUUGCAUGCUUAAAUGAUGAAGAGAAUGAAAUUGAAAGCAGCAAGAUCAUUUUCCCGGAGCAUCUCCCUCUCAGCAAACUGCAGCAGGGCAUUAAGUCGGGGCUUUACCUGCAAGGGACCUUUAGAGCUAACAGAGACAAUUACUUGGAGGCCACGGUUUGGAUUCACGGGAAUGACGAAGAAAAAGAGGUAAUAAUACAAGGACUUAGGCACUUAAAUCGUGCUGUGCAUGAGGAUAUCGUAGCAGUGCAGCUCCUGUCCAAGGAUGCCUGGGCUGCGCCGUCCUCUGUGGUCCUGCUUGACGAUGAGACCAAGAAUGAGGAAGAGGAGGAUAUUGAAAAAGAAGAGGAGGAUCAAAGCAAUCUGAAGACUUCAGUGAAUAAGGCGAUGCUACGACCAACAGGCAGAGUGGUGGGAAUUAUAAAAAGGAACUGGAGACCCUUUUGUGGCAUGCUGUCUAAGUCACACAUAAAAGAGGCGAGGCGGCAUUUAUUUACGCCAGCUGAUCGAAGAAUUCCUCGAAUUCGGAUAGAAACAAGGCAGGCUUCUAUCCUCGAAGGGCAAAGAAUUAUUGUUGCUAUUGACGGGUGGCCUAAAACAUCACGAUAUCCUAAUGGACAUUUUGUAAAGAAUUUAGGAGCAGCCGGUGAUAAGGAAACAGAGACUGAAGUCCUGCUCCUUGAACAUGAUGUUCCUCAUCAGCCCUUUUCCCAAGCGGUCCUUAGUUUCCUGCCACAGAUGCCCUGGAACAUCACUGACCAGGAUAUGAAGCAGAGAGAGGACUUGAGGCAUCUGUGCGUGUGCAGCGUGGAUCCUCCUGGGUGCACUGAUAUUGAUGAUGCGCUGCACUGCAGAGAACUGGAAAAUGGAAAUCUGGAGGUUGGGGUGCACAUUGCAGACGUCAGCCACUUCAUCCGCCCGGGAAAUGCUCUAGACCAAGAAUCGGCAAAAAGGGGCACCACAGUGUAUCUGUGCGAAAAAAGAAUUGAUAUGGUUCCAGACCUGCUGAGUUCCAACUUAUGUUCACUGAGAUCCAAUGUGGACAGGCUUGCCUUUUCGUGUAUAUGGGAAAUGAAUCAGAAUGCUGAAAUCCUGGCAACUAGAUUUACAAAAAGUGUCAUUAAUUCCAAGGCUUCGCUUACAUAUGCCGAGGCACAAAUGAAAAUAGAUUCAGCCGCUUUGAACGAUGACAUUACUACUAGUCUGCGUGGGCUGAACAGGUUGGCUAAAAUCCUUAAGAAACGUCGGCGAGAAAAAGGGGCUUUAACUCUUUCUUCACCUGAAGUACGAUUCCACAUCGAUAGUGAAACCCAUGAUCCGAUCGAUUUGCAGACAAAGGAACUGAAAGACACCAACUCCAUGGUUGAAGAGUUUAUGCUGCUCGCUAACAUCUCCGUCGCCCAAAAGAUCAACGAAGAAUUUUCAGAGCAUGCCUUGCUGAGAAAGCACCCUGCUCCGCCUCCAUCCAAUUACGACAUCCUGGUGAAGGCCGCAAAAUCUAAGGGUUUAGAAAUCAAGACUGAUUCUGCAAAAGCUCUGGCUGAUUCCCUUGACACAGCAGAGUCUCCUUCCUUUCCCUAUCUGAACACCCUGUUACGGAUCUUAGCCACUCGCUGCAUGAUGCAGGCCGUUUAUUUUUGCUCUGGAAUGGACAGUGAUUUUCACCACUAUGGCUUAGCGUCGCCCAUAUACACUCACUUUACUUCUCCAAUCAGAAGAUAUGCUGAUAUUAUAGUACAUCGACUACUGGCGGUGGCUAUAGGAGUGGACGGUACUUACCCCGACCUCACUGACAAACAUAAAUUGGCAGAUUUGUGUAAAAAUCUCAAUUAUCGGCACAAAAUGGCUCAGUAUGCUCAGAGAGCUUCCGUUGCUUUCCACACCCAGUUGUUUUUCAAAAACAAGGGUGCGGUCAGUGAAGAGGCCUACAUUCUGUUCGUCAGGAAGAACGCAAUUGUGGUUCUGAUUCCCAAAUACGGUUUAGAAGGCACAGUUUUCUUUGAAGAAAAGGCUAAGCCGAAAGCAGGACUUGUAUACAACGAUGAGAUUCCUUCGCUUACUGUGGAAGGCACAACUUUCUGUACAUUUGACAAGGUUAAAGUCAGCAUCAUGCUGGAUUCUUCCAACAUUCAGCAUCAGAAAAUCCGUAUGACUCUGGUAGAGCCCAAGAUUUUAGGCUCCAGUGAUCCCAGUGAUGCCACACAGCUAAGCGGUAAUGAAGAACCAGAGACAAAAAAGAAGAAACUGGGAAAAUAGCUUCAUUUUAGAAAUGAAUCAGUUGUUUGGUUGGGAAGUAAAUUAUGUCUGGGAAAAAAGGGGGGGGGGAUAAUCCUUUACACGUGUAGAAAAGACUUUUAAAGAGAUUGGUUGACAUUUGCCCGUUUUAAAAAUCUCCCCCAAUAAUGUAUUUACAUACUCUUGUUCAUCUUUCUUAUUAAAGACUCCAAUGUGAAACUGAACUUCUGGGGAGCUUUUGGGUCCAUCUACAGAAGGACACAAUGUUUUAACAUUUCCAUGACAAAGGAGAUACGUAGGUUUGUACAUAGAACUUUCGCUGCAUAUUCCAGCUUUUUCAUUUGGAUCCCCUUUUGUCAGCAAAACAAAACCAGUUUCUAAAAUCUUUUAAACUGUUAGUCAAUCCCUUGGCCCAUCUUUCUAAAAAAGAAAACGUUGUAAAAGAAGAACAAUGAACAGUAGGAUCGAUAUGAUUGCCACAGAUCAGAAUUGUAGGCCAGCCAGGAAAGGCCACGUUCAUGUCUCUGUUUUUCAGGCUCAGAUGACUUUUGUUUUUAUGGUAUGGAGAUCCUUGAUAGUGAUUAAAGUAUUUGCGAUGUUACUCUAUUUUAAGAAGAGCAUCUGCUUCCAUUUGCUAAAAGACAACAAGUGGAGCUUGAGAGGAUGAAUUGGAAGGAGCAAAAUCCCAAAGGGUUGACAGUUGAAGUUCUAAGUUUCUGACUCUCAAUUUGUGCUUCUAUUUUUCUAAUCUGCAACUAUCUUGUUAUAGAUGAAAUUACUAACCCUCAGUUAUUUAAUUAACUUAUUUAAUGAGUGCUAUAAAGAAAAUCCAGUUUGUAGCUACUUGGGAGGGAUGGACUAAAAUAUCUGUGGAAGAAAAGUUAAAGUGAAGUAAAAUGAAUGCCUUCUGUGUUACAGAGUCCCAACAACUUUCCCACGCAGCAUCUGAGUUUUUUCAUAGCAGGGCUGAAAUACAGCAAAAGAUGAUGUUACAGCUAUUUUGGAUUUUUAAAAAAAUUAAUGUAUGAUGUUUAGCUUCAGUAUUUUGCACAUCUUCAAUAGUUCCUGUAAGGGUAGAAAAAUAAAGUGGAGCUGGUGUUGGAGAUUCUAUGGCUUAUCUUGACACUUGCCCAUCAAAAUUAGACCCCCGCCCCAUUCAGCCAAUCUAAAAUGACCGUUUUAAUUGGAGGGGGAAGGGGAAGUUGCCUGCCUUUGGCAUAACCACAGUACUUAAAAACAAACAACAAAAAAGAAACAUUUUGUAAAAUUGAGUCUCUGAAUCCACUCCAUGGCUCAUUUUCCAAGUAUAGCAAGUUGCACAGGGAGACCACUGUCAUCUCCUUCAAAAUGAUUUCAAUCCAGUAUUUUUAAAAAU